AUGUCCGACGUCGAGCUACAACAAAAACGAGAAAAGGGUCUCUGUUUCCAUUGUGAUGAGAAAUAUGGGCCAAAUCACUACUGUCAGAGCAAAUCGAUCCAGGUACUAUUAGUGACCGACGACGACAGGGCAGAAAACGACUACGGCAGUCCUGAACCCACCUCAGAAAUAUCCGACGAAGGUAAUCCAUUGGCCCUAUCCAUGCACUCAAUCGUAGGGGUAACCAUUGAUAAAACCCUAAAAUUAAAAAGGGUGAUUGGAGGUAUAGAGGUGAUUGUUUUGGUUGACAAUGGGGCUUCCCACAAUUUCAUUUCGCAUGAAUUGGUGCGAAAAUUAGAGCUACCAGUGGAGAGAGGUAAAUCCUUUAGGGUGAUGGUGGGAAACGGAUUUACAAUUAGAAGAGAGGGAAUUUGCAGAGGAGUGCCAUUGCGAAUGCAAGGUAUUGAAUUGUGUCAAGACUAUUUUCCAUUUGAGUUAGGAGGGGCAGAUGUCGUGCUAGGAAUUUCUUGGCUUAGUACACUGGGAGAUGUUUGUGCAAAUUGGAGAAAUCUGACAAUGGAAUUUUUCAAUGAAAGGAAGAAGGUGGUUCUACAAGGGGAUCCAUCGUUAGUCAAGACAGUGGUAUCACUAAGGGCAAUGCUAAAAUCCUUGCAGAGAGAGGAUGCGGGAUAUGUGGUUGAGUUAUGCUCCAUUGUUGUUAAGGAAGAGGAAACAGAAGAACCCAUGGACCCAGCAGCCGCAGUAGUUGUUGAUGGAUUUAGCCACCUGUUUGAACAGCCGACUACACUCCCACCCAAGAGACCCACUGACCACACCAUAGUUUUAGAAACCAAUACCAAACCUCCCAACAUCCACCCGUACAAAUACUUAUUUACCCAAAAAAAUGAAAUUGAAAGGUUAGUAGGUGAGAUGCUGAUGGCAGGUAUUAUACAACCCAGCACAAGUCCUUUUGCUAGUCCGGUUCUAUUGGUAAAAAAAAAGGAUGGCAGUUGGCGGUUUUGUGUUAAUUACCGAGCACUUAAUAACAUCACUAUUCCAGACAAAUUUCCAAUUCCCUCAAUUGAUGAGCUGUUGGAUGAACUAUCAGGGGCAGCCAUUUUUACAAAACUGGACCUCAAAUCAUGUUACCACCAGAUUCAGGUUAAAGAAGAGGACGUCCCCAAAACAGCAUUUAGAACCCACGAAGGGCACUAUGAGUUCCUGGUCAUGCCCUUCGGGUUGACCAAUACCCCUUCCACUUUUCAAGCUUUAAUGAACACUAUUUUUAAAUCAGUCUUGCGGAAGUUUAUACUUGUAUUCUUUGACGAUAUUUUGAUUUACAGCCCUGAUUUGAAGACCCAUCUGCCGCACAUGCAACACACCUUUUAG